AUGAAAGUAACAACUGUCAGUUCGGUGUUACUAACAGUCACUGCAGUGACCAAUGCAACUGAAAUUGACAAAAGAAGUUUUUUUGGUGAUCUUUUUUCAGGAUUAACUGGGAGUAAAGCAGCUGCUCCUGCUGCUCCUGCUGCUGCCGUCCCAGCUGCCGCUCAGUCAUCAGUGUCAUCGGCCCAACCAACUACUACAGCUGCAGCCUUACAGCCUGAUGCCCAGAAUAAUGUGCUUUUAGAUUCAUCAAACAGCACCUCCAUUCAAAGCUCAACGAAAUCUUCAACAACCACUCAUUCCACAGCUGGUUUAUUAGAUAAUUUGUUAGGAUCAAGCAGUGAAUCGAUCACUCAUUCCUCGUCUGAUUUAUUAGGAUCAAGCAGUGCAACAGCCACACGUUCCUCCACUGGUUUAUUAGAUAGCUUGUUAGGAUCAAGCGGUCCAACAAGCAGUGAAUCAAGUGAAGCUUCAAGUGAAUACUUAUCAAGUAGCUCAUCAACUACCAAACGACCAACUGCUGCUGCUAAAGGUUUUUUCGAUGAUUUAUUUGGCACUCAAGCAAGUGCAUCUGAAACUGACGAUGAAGAUUGUGUUGAGGAAACUGAGAGUCCAACUUCAAACAAUAUUGGCUCUAAAACAAAAACUGUGAGCCCAACACAAAGCUCCAACAAUGUUGGCUCUGAAACAGAAACUGGUUCUAGUACUACCACUAGUGGUGGUGGAGGUUUCCCAGGCAUUUUGUCGGAUCUCUUUCCUGGCAAUUCCAAAUCCAAAUCUUCAAGUGUUCCAAGUUCCAGUGCUGAAGAGGAUGACGAAGAGUGUGAAGAUCCAACCGAUUCCGUAGCCUCGAAUUCUAAUCCUACUGGAGGAAUAUCAUUUCCUAGCAUUCCAAUUCCAAGCUUGCCAUUUCCUCAUAGUGAAGAAACAGGGGUGUUGUCCAGCCAAACAGGUGUACCAAAAAGUACUUCUUCUGAGGAAGAUGAUGAUGAAACCGAUUGUGAGACCGAAACGCCAAUUAUUCCAACCAUCAUUCCUACAGGAUCUGUCCUUCCAACCAUCAUUCCUACAGGAUCUAUCCUUCCAACCGGAUCUAUCCUUCCAACCAUCAUUCCAACUGAUUCGGUCACUCUCCCAUACAAUUCUAGUUCUAUUGCUGGUACAUCUUCUGUUAGCUCCGAAGAAGACGAUGAUGAAACUGAUUGUGAGACUGACAUACCAACUGGAACAGCCACUGUCAUUCCAACUGGUUCAGUAACUAUCAUUCCAACUGGCUCUGGUUCUAUCACUGUUCUUCCAACAAAGUCAGUUCCAACUAGUUCCGAAGAAGAAGACGACGAGACUGAUUGUGAGACCGACAUACCAACUGGAACAGCCACUAUCAUCCCAUCUGGCUCAGUAACUAUCAUUCCAACUGGUUCAGUAACUAUCAUUCCAACUGGUUCUGGUUCUAUCACUGUUCUUCCAACAAAGUCAGUUCCAACUAGUUCCGAAGAAGAUGACGACGAAACUGAUUGUGAGACUGAUAUUCCAACGAUCAUCCCAACAAGGUCGGUGACUAAAACAUUUACCUCUGAUGGUGUUCCAACCACACAAACACUCACUACCAAAUUGCCGGGAACGACCAAUCAACACACUGAAACUGAAGUUGUUUCCAUCACAUAUACUGGUGGUGGUCAAACCUUUACCACAUACCUUACACAAUCCGGUGAAAUAUGUGAUGAAACUGUUACUUUGACAAUCACUACUACUUGUCCUCUGACAACUGUUGCUCCAGGUGGUCAGAUUUAUACAACCACUGUAACUGUUAUUACCACACACACUGUUUACCCAGAUGAUUGGGAAGAUGAUGGUUACGAAGAUGAAGGGGGUUCUUCAGGUGGCUCUUCAGGAAGCUCUUCAGGAAGCUCUUCUAAUAAUGAUGAUGACGAAUGGGAAUGGUAUGAAGAAGAUGAUGGUAAUUGUGUUCCAAGUGGUGGUUCAAGUUCUGGUUCAAGUUCUGGUUCAAGUUCUGGUUCAAGUUCUGGUUCAAGUUCUGGUUCUGGCACAGGCUCUUGGUGGGGUUCUGGUGCUGGUUCUGGCUCAAGUUCUGGCUCAAGUUCUGGCUCAAGUUCUGGUUCAAGUUCUGGCUCAAGUUCUAACUCUGGAUCUAGCUCAAGUUCUGUUUCAGGUUCUUCAUCUGGUUCUGGUGGUAGUUGGUGGGGUGGUUCUGGAAAUGAUUACGUUUGUCCAGGAGAAGAUGGCUACGACGAUGAAGAGCCAGAUAAUGGCGGCAGCGGAAGCGGCUCAAGCUCUGGUUCUAGUGGUAGCUGGUGGGGUAGUUCUGGCUCUAGCUCUAGCUCUGGUUCAACUUCAGUUACUGGCGGAUCGUCUGGAGGUAGCUGGUGGGGUGGAUCUGGAAACGAUUACGUUUGCCCUGGAGAAGAUGGAUACGAUGAUGAAGGAGAAGAUGAUCAUCCAACAACAACGGCAGCACCAGAAGACUGUGAAGAUGAGGAUGACAGUUGGGACGAUGAUGAAGAUGACUGUGACACACAAGCUGCUAAGGAAGUUGUUAAUUCAGUUACUGUUGCUGCUGAAAGUGUUUACCCAUCAUCCACUGCUGCCAACAGUUUAACCACAUCAUGGAUUUCGUCACAAGUUACCAAUCAAUCAGUUACCCAGAUUGAAAACAUUGGUGCCAAGGUUCAUACCGGUGGACUUUUUGUUGCUCUUCUUGGAUUGUUGACAUUAUUGUUGAUAUAA